AUGUCUAUCAAGGAUCUUUCUCCUGAUGCCACUCUAAGUGGAAUAGUCAAGUUUCUUGAUAAGCUGGAGUAUCAAGACGAUAAUUUCGCAAACCGAAACGCGCGACUAGAGACACUGAAUUUGGUCUGGAAAUCCACAGCUGAGCACUUUGAGAACCUUAUCAGGGCAGAGAAAAUACGUGUCGCUCCGAAACUAGUCUAUAAAGCCAUACAACCUAGUGUUCGAGGCAAUGUAUAUAGUCUUGGAAACCUCUCCAUCCCUCUCUUGGUGGACUUGAGCAUCUAUUGGACCUUCUUCUUUAUCAACGAACUUGGUGGCUUCAAAGACCCGAGUAUGGAAACAUUCCUUCCAGAUCUACUCAGUGGUGCUGAGCAGAGGAGCGAAUUCUGGUUUCUUAUGAACGAGCACCUUCCCAGAUUGCUCAGUCACUAUGGGCCAUUCUGUGGGCUGACCAUCUUCCGCUCUACCUUAGGCUGGUGUCAAGGAUCGUGGUUGGAAAAAAGGAACAUAAUCGGAUAUCCUGGAGCACAUCGUUAUCCCACCUACUUGCGGCAUCUAACAGGAUUGAGUGAAAAUGGUUGCGUCUCACUGUUCCCGAAAGAGAUAAUCGAUGAAGAUGAGAAUCUGCAGCAUAUUGCUGUCCUUCUCCCUCACAUGGUGACCUACGUCGAUAAGGUGAAUGACCUAUUCUCCUUCUACAAAGAAGUUCACGACCCGGACGAUCGAAUAAACGCAGCCACAACAUAUAGCCAUGCACACGGAGUAACCUUACAGGAAUCGUUUGAAUAUAUCGUUGAGGAGGCUGUCAGCUGUCUCGAGCAGAUCAGAACCGUCUUUACUAAGGGAAGAGUACCAGCUGUGCAAAAGGUUGUCGAGUCUACCCUGCAGGGGUAUGUAACGUAUCACAUCUGCGAGGACAGGUAUCGAUUAGGAGAGCUCACUGAGAAAGGCGGGGACGAUCCGAACGCCACUGAAUUCUCUCGCUACUACAACAUGAUCAGAAAAGUUGGCUGGUUCGACCCAAGCGAAUGGCCUCAGCCUCGAGAUGUCUGA